AUGGUUUCUGCUUCCAAAUUCUUCCUCGCCUGUGCGGCAGUUGUCGGUGUCUUGGCCGCCCCGUUCGCUGAGCUCGAAGCCCUCGAUGGCCUUCACGAGAAGAUCGAACAGCGAGCUGUCUCACCUGGCACUGGCACCAACAACGGAUUCUUCUACUCAUUUUGGACUGAUGGUGGAGGCAGUGUGACCUACAACAACGGAGCUGGCGGUUCCUACGAUGUACAGUGGUCAAGCGUCAACAACUUUGUUGCCGGAAAGGGAUGGAACCCCGGUGCCUCUCGCGUCAUUAGCUACAAUGGCACUUGGAAUGGUGCCAGCGUGAACAGCUACCUGUCUGUCUACGGCUGGACCAAGAACCCUCUCAUCGAAUACUACAUUGUCGAGGCGUACGGCACGUACAACCCCGGCUCAGCCGCUCAGAAGAAGGGCUCAGUCACCAGCGACGGCGGUACCUAUGACAUCUAUCAGACCACGCGUACCAACCAGCCUUCCAUCAUUGGCACUGCAACGUUCCAGCAGUUUUGGUCUGUCCGCACCAGCAAGCGUGUCGGAGGCACCGUCACGGUCCAGAACCAUUUCGACGCCUGGAAGCAGUACGGUCUCACUCUUGGCAGUCACGACUACCAGAUUGUGGCGACCGAGGGCUACCAAAGCAGUGGUAGCGCGUCAAUCACCGUACAGGGACCAUAA